AUGGCUUUUAUGCCCUAAGUUAGUACAUUUCUAAGGGGAAGAUAGUUUAACAUAACGUCAGCUUGUCCUUCACGAAACCAGGGUGUUUUCUGCAUACUUCUUUAUGAGGGUCUUGUAUAUUAUCUUCUGGCCUUGGGGCCUAUUAACAUUUCAUGCAGGUCAGGUGAAUGUAAACCUAUUUUCUGUUUCUAUGGUGACUGAAAGGUAGCAGUCUCAUAGGGCAACAGUAUACAGUAGAAGUAUAACCUUGUUAACACAAAAAUUAAUCCUUCUACAGAAGUUGUCAGUUGCGUUUAUCUAAGAAGUUUACCCCAGACUGACUCUGCGACUUUGGUGAGGCAGCUUCUGCCUAGCACUCUUGGCUGACAAUUAACAACCAUCUCAUUGUUACCACACUAGGGCUAAGUUCUUAUUUCUCUAGAUCUUUAACUAUAUUAACAAUGGUUUCUAUAACACAACCUUAGCACAUUAAAAGCAAAAACACAGCAAGCAAAUGUUAACCCAAUAGCUACUUUUAGAAUAAUUUUUCUUACGUUUUCUAAUAGGACUCCUUCACCCCUCAAAAAUGCUCUAUGUCUAUUAGGGCUUUUAUAUAAUCAGGUUCUUUAUGCUAUUUUAUGACUAGGAUAUUAUAAGCAAUCAUGCAUAUUAGUACCAAGGGCAUAAAUGCAUUUGGCUAACUAACUACCAGCAAAGGAGUUUAAAUUAAAACACUCCUUUCACCCUGAAUAAUCUCAUAAAGUACCACCACCUGGGAAACUUAUUGAUUAAAGUUAUAAAUUGAUUUUUAUUUGGGAAUAGAUCGGGGAAGGCCUUCUGCCUGUGUCACAGAAAUUAGGGAGUAGUCUAUUGAAGCAAGCAUCAGAAAGACAGAUAUCAUCUUCAAGGUGAGCACCGGGGGCAGCUUUUCAAAAUCCCUGAAAACCUGAUCCGCCUUGCUUGUCAGGCUUUCUCCUCGCGACCUUGUCAUGGGUGGGAUCUCGUGUGCCGGCUCCCAGCACCUCUCCUCUAGGCAGGAGCCAUGAGGCCAUAUACCAGGAAGUUCCAAUACUUUGGCCACCUGAUGCAAAGAGCCAACUCACUGGAAAAGACCCUGUGUUGGGAAAGACUGAAGGCAGGAGGAGAAGGGCACGAUAGAGGAUGAGCUGGUUGGAUGGCAUCACCAACUCGAUGGACAUGAGUGUGAGCAAGCUCCAGGCACUUUGACCCAGUGCCCCAGGGCAGUGUUUGGGCAAGAAGAGCCUCUCCUCCAUCCUCUGUGCUUCCCUCCUUAUGCAGCCACAGACUUGGAGGACGUUCUCCACAGUGGGGACACCACGACGUCUGACACUGUGCCAAGGCUGGGAGUGGGGAAGGCAGAGGGGAGAGAGGCCAUGCCAUCCUCUUUGCCAACCCUUAGCCCUCACUUUUCCUGCCAGACACUAAGCUAGAAAAUGUCACUCAAACGUAUAAGGAAAUUCAAACAAGCCACAAUAAGAAAUCAUAACACAUUGCGGGGUGGAGAGGCGGGAGGGAGGAGGGAGGGGAUGAGCAUGGCUGCCAGGUUACCAGUCACCCUCUCGUGUUCCUACAAAGGCUUCAUUUGUUUGGCCAGUUUUGCCUCCCAGAUUCCCAUAAAACACAUGGUCCAACCUGUUACCUAACAAGGCCAGCGCCACUCGGCCCUUCCCGCCCUCUAAUGAGAACGCUGGUCUGGGAGUAAAGUGCAGACCCCGCCCCCCACCCCAGCGACGUCCCACGCACGGCCUGAGCCGCCGGGAGAAGUGGGGACCCUCUCACUGGGAGCUGCUGAAGAGUCGCCACGGAGCAGCAUCGACAGGCGACAUGAAGGUUCUAAUCUCCUCCCUCCUCCUGUUGCUGCCACUAAUGCUGAUGUCCGCAGUCUCCAGCAGCUCACACACAGGGGUCGCCAGAGGCCAGAGGGACCAACGCCAGGCUUCUGGGAGGUGGCUCCGAGAAGGAGGCCAAGAAUGUGAGUGCCAAGAUUGGUUCCUGAGAGGCCCUAGAAGAACACUCAUGACAGCGCCCAGGCUGACAAAGAAGCCAUGUCCCUGUGAUCAUUUCAAAGGCAGGAUGAAGAAAACCAGACACCAAAGACACCACAGGAAGUCAAACACGCUCUCCAAAGCCUGCCAGCAAUUUCUCACACGAUGUCUGCUAGAAAGCAUUGCUCUGCCCUUAUAGGCGCUCUGAGACCCCACCCUCCCGAUGAAACAUUCUCAGUCAACAAAGCUGUGAGUGCACCUAGAAGACACUCUUCUCCCACCUCACGUCCUCCGAUUCCUGUCCCCACUCCCUAAAUCAUCCCAAAAGCAUUUUCCCUGAGAUUAUUGCCCCCUCUAGUGCCUUGUUCAUUUUCAGUCUUUUCCUGGGGCUGCCCCUGACAGAGCCUUAAGCUUACUUACCUGAAAGAAACCAAGAAUCUCUGAGUACCUAGAGCUGGUCCUCCCUGACUAUAAACACAAACAGGAAAAUAGCAAACAAAAUCAAUAAAUAUACUUAAAU